AUGAAAUCGUAUUUCAAAGUGAAAUCUGACUACGUAAAAGAACCAAUCCCGAAAUUCGUAUUCAAGGGAAUGGGGCCAAUGUUCGAUGAAUAUGAAGGAAGAUUUGCAUAUAUGAACUUGGUUCCUUAUGGUGCACGAAUGGAUGAGAUCCUGGAAACUGAAACUCCAUUUCCGCACAGAGCUGGCAAUAUUUAUAGCAUCAUGUAUGCUACUGGUCAAGAUGAAGAAAUUACGCAUUUCGAAAAGUAUAUAAAUUGGAUGCGCAGGCUUCAUCGUUACAUGACAUCAUUCGUCUCGAAAUCUCCACGAGAAGCUUAUGUUAAUUAUAGGGAUUUAGACAUCGGAGUUAACGAUAAAGACAAGACAAAUUAUGAACAAAGCAGCAUUUGGGGUUUUAAAUAUUAUAAGAAAAACUUUGAGAAAUUGGUGAAGGUGAAAUCGUUGAUUGAUCCCCAUAAUUUCUUCAAGCACCAACAAAGCAUUCCCUCAACGGUCUAA